CCCAUAAGCUCCAAAGAUCCCACAAACUCAUAAUUCUCUCUUUCCUUCGUUCUUCUCUUUCGGAAAACUCUCUCCAUUUAUAAAGCUCUCUCCUUCGUUCUCUCUUACACAAACAACACCCACCCAGAUAUAAAAGAUCCCGCUUUUCAAACUCUUCCCGCUCCACCCCACCUCUUUUUUCUCUUCCCGAUCACUCCAAUUUUCCCCACAAAUUUCCCCUUCUCGGAUCGACGGGAAUUCUCCGCUGAAUUCUAGGGUUUCCCUUUUCCAAGAGAGAUUUCUUGUUAGGAAUGGCAGAUCAAGGCUUGGAAGGAGCCCAACCCGUCGAUCUUAAAAAGCAUCCUUCUGGAAUUGUACCUACCCUACAGAACAUUGUGUCAACGGUGAAUUUGGACUGCAAGUUGGAUCUAAAGGCCAUUGCUCUCCAAGCUCGCAAUGCUGAAUACAACCCUAAGCGUUUUGCUGCUGUUAUUAUGAGAAUAAGGGAACCAAAAACCACAGCAUUGAUAUUUGCAUCUGGAAAGAUGGUCUGUACUGGUGCUAAGAGUGAACAACAAUCAAAAUUAGCAGCACGAAAGUAUGCCCGAAUCAUCCAAAAACUUGGUUUUCCUGCUAAGUUUAAGGAUUUUAAGAUUCAGAAUAUUGUUGGCUCCUGCGAUGUUAAAUUUCCCAUAAGGCUUGAGGGUCUUGCAUAUUCGCAYGGUGCCUUUUCAAGUUAUGAGCCCGAGUUGUUUCCUGGGUUGAUUUAUCGGAUGAAACAACCAAAGAUUGUGCUUCUCAUCUUUGUUUCUGGAAAAAUCGUUCUCACAGGAGCUAAGGUGAGGGAGGAGACGUAUACAGCAUUUGAGAACAUAUACCCAGUGCUUACAGAGUUCAGGAAAAACCAGCAAUGAUUUUGGGUUGGGAAGUAGAUUUUCCUUCAUGCUUUGGGGACGAAAAUGACUGGCACAGAGACRAAAAGGCUAGCCUGGAACAAGUGUAUUUAUGGAGAGAUUGCUUCCUGUUUGAAGAUACAAUGACAAUACAUGGAAGAUUUUCGGUUUUAGGCAUAAAAUGGAGUUCUCUAAUGAUGAAGCAUUACAUGUCUUUUUAGUGUCUGUCUAUGUGAUAAAAAUGUGGAGGGAAGGUGUGACAAACUUUUUUGAUUCUGAUAUCUGUGAUAUUAUGUGAUCAAAGUGGGGGAUUCAGGAUUGUGUAUAGAAGAAAUUUUUGUUCCAUCAACUCACCAUCGGACAAUUAUGCAAUUAUUAUUAAGCUCUACUCAA